AUGGACCUUACAGAAGUAUACAUCACAUAUCUCAUCACUAUUGCCGCUAUCGGAUUUUGUCUGGUGAAUUAUUUGUUGGGCAUACACGCGCUACAUAGUCAGCCUCAAGUCAAACGAGGCCUAAAGAUUCCCCCCUUGGUGCCGUCCCUGAUACCGCUACUAGGAAUGCUGCCAUUCACGAUGAUGUGGAGCCCUCGAGACUUUAUUCUCUCAGCAAAGAAUCUCUUAUGGAAUUCCCAACCCGUUCGCGCACGGGUCUUCACGCAAACCUUCUACAUCUUCCAAGGCGCGGAAACUAUCAGAUCUAUCGUCAACAAACGCAGCCUUUCUCUAUUCCCCAUACAUGCUAUCCUCCUUCGCCGCGUGUUUGGCCUUCCAGCAAGCGCGUCAUGGAUCUAUGCCCAGGAUAACUCCGGCGGGUUACCCAAACCGUAUCCAGAAAGCAAUGUUGAGCCGCAGAACUGGAUUGAAUAUGUGGUUCAACGUACUAACCAUCGCUUACUGGUUGGGCCAGGCUUCGCACCUUUAGUCAAGAGGUUUCAAUCUGUCCUGACAGAUCGCUUGCAGUCCCUUCCAAUCGGUAGUGAUUGGGUCAAAUGGGACGAUUUUGUCCAGUUGAUUAAUCACGAGCACCCAGACUUUGCCAUCAAUCUAUUUACUCUUCACGACAACUUUUGGAAGAUGCUCAUUGGAAUGCCGCGGUUCCUGGCACCACAGGUUUAUGCCGCACGGGACGCAGCGCUUGCCGCCCUAAAGGACUGGAAUGCGUGGGCACGAGAACGUUCUGAUCCCACAGCAGGCACAUCAGAGGGCGAUGACCCAUUUUGGGCCUCUCAGUACUGGCGCGACCGCAUCGAUGCUUUUCAGCAGAUUGAUAGGUUUGAUGCUAAUAUUAUUGCCAUUCAUGAUCUGGCUGUGAUCUGGGGAAUGAGCAUCAAUGGGGUCAACACUUCCUUCUGGGCCUGUCUGGAAGCAUUCAAAGACCAAGAACUACUUGAACUCGUUCGGGCCGAGGCUCGCGCCUGUUUGAUCCCGGAUUCAGACGUUAAAUUCGACAUCGAUCGUCUCCUACACCAUCCAGUCUUGCAGGCCAUCUAUGCCGAGAGUCUUCGCCUCCGAAUCAAUGGCUUUUUUGUCUGGUACCAGUCCCGUGGCAAUCUGAACGUAGAUGGAUGGCACAUACCCAACAAGAAUUGGAUUCUCACCACUCCCAUGGUGGGCCAUAUGGAUCCCGGUAUCUGGUGCACGGGUCCGAGUGCCGAUCAUCCUGUGGAGGAGUUCUGGGUGGGUAGGUGGUUGAAGUAUGCGGAUGAUGGCUGUACACUAGUAUUCUCGACCGACAUGGCUAAGGGCGCGUGGAUGCCCUAUGGGGGUGGUUUUCAUAUCUGUCCCGGGAGGUACUUUGCCAAAACAAUGAUUAUUCUUGGGGUGGCGUUAAUGACGACGAUGUAUGAUUGUGAAGUGUUGGCUGACGAGACGAAUAUGCGGAUGAGCAUGCGUACUUUUGGGUUCGGGACCGCUGGCCCGGUUGGAAAGGUGCCGGUUCGCAUUCGAAGGAGGUAACUACGAUUAUUGUCGACCAUUUUUAAAAUUGCUAUUCUUUUGUUUCUCUUUGGAUUCCAU